UAAAUUUUGAGGAAACAGAGGAGCACGAAAGAUCAGAGGAAAAAACAAAAAAGGCGAGAGACAGGGAGAGAAAACGGUUUGUAGAGAGAGAGAGAGAGAGAUGGGAGGGGAAGAGGAGAGAGAAGGAGUUAUGGCGAUGGACUUCUUCUGGUCAUACACGGACGAGCCUCAUGCUUCUCGCAGGCGUCAGAUCCUCUCUCAGUACCCUCAAAUCCGACAGCUCUUUGGCCCCGAUCCCUUUGCUUUUCUCAAGAUUACUAUGGCUGUUUUACUUCAGCUAUGGACCGCUACUUACCUCGACAAUGCAGGGUGGUUGAAGAUAUUGAUGAUGGCCUACUUUUUCGGCUCUUUUCUCAACCACAACCUCUUCUUAGCCAUUCAUGAGCUCAGUCACAAUCUUGCCUUCUCUACUCCCGUCUACAACCGCUGGCUUGGGAUUUUCGCCAACCUCCCAAUCGGUGUGCCCAUGUCAGUCACCUUCCAAAAAUACCACCUUGAGCACCAUCGCUUCCAAGGAGUCGAUGGCAUAGACAUGGACAUUCCCAGCCUCACCGAAGCCCAUCUUGUGACAAAUGUUGUUGCAAAAUCGAUUUGGGUUGUUCUCCAACUCUUUUUCUAUGCUCUCCGGCCUCUUUUCCUCAAACCAAAACCCCCGGGUUUGUGGGAAUUCAUCAAUUUGAUUAUCCAACUAGCCCUUGAUGCUUCCAUGGUUUACUUUUGGGGUUGGAAAUCUCUUGCUUAUUUGAUCCUUUCCACAUUCCUUGGCGGUGGGAUGCACCCAAUGGCCGGUCAUUUUAUUUCCGAGCAUUAUGUGUUUAACAAGGAUCAAGAGACCUAUUCAUACUACGGUCCCUUGAAUCUUAUGACAUGGAGCGUAGGUUACCACAAUGAACACCAUGAUUUCCCCAGAAUUGCAGGGAGCAAGCUUCACAAGGUGAAGGAGAUCGCUCCGGAAUAUUAUGAGGGUAUGGAUUCGUAUAAAUCUUGGAGCCAGGUAAUUUACAUGUACAUUAUGGAUCGAUCAGUUGGACCCUUUAGCCGGAUGAAGAGAGCGCUAUCAACCAAGGCCACUAGGAAAUCUGAAUAAAUGCUUUGUGAGAUACUACUUGCUACCAUUUUUUAUUUCUGAACUCUAUUGUUUGUAGCAGUUUUGAGGGAGAUCGGUAUUAUAGAUUAUAGUUUUAGAUUGACAAGUGAGGGAUUAAUUCAUUGUUUACCAAUUUUUAAAAGAAAUUUUUGUUGUGUUGAUCUGUGUUGCAAGAAGUGUUCAUGUGUGUUGCUGUGACAUAUACGGUUCAUAAACAUGUUUGUUCUCUCUCUAUCUCUCUCUCUCUGCACUUUGUAUGUUUGUUGAGCAGACCAAUCAAGCAUUUUAGAGAA